AGGUUGGGCUGUUGGGCUUGAUGGAAAGUAUCGUAUCGAUAGCAUUGGAGUCCUCUGUCCUCGCACUCUCUCUUGUAUCUAUCUCUCACCAUGACGAGCCGCUCGGUUAGCUUUGGCGACGUGGAGGAACAGUACUACGACGGUGGUUACGACGAAGAGUACAAUGCAGAUGACUACUUUCAAGAAGGUGCGGAAGGCGCCGACGGAGCGAACCCAGAAGGAGAAGAAGAGCAGCCCAACAACAAAAAGGGACGAUCCUCUUCUGCGUCUCAAUCUUCCAUCAUGUGUCCCAAUUGUGGCUCUAGGAACAUUGAUUCGGAUCCAGCAUCAGGAGCUUCUGUCUGUACGGAAUGUGGUGUCGUCGUGGAAGAAUCUGCCAUUGUGUCGAGUGUCGAAUUCGUCGAAGGCGCCGGUGGAUCUAGUAGUAUGGUGGGGCAAUUUGUUUCCGCCAAUUCCAGCAAGGCAUUCACAGCGGGGGGUGGAGGUCGCUAUGGAUACAGCAAGGACUCGAGAGAAAACACACUGGCAAAUGGACGUCGACGGAUUCAAGAAGUUGCCAGUCGAUUGCGGCUCGGCAAUCAUUUUGUGGAUGCGGCACAUCGACUGUUUACCGUGGCCGUGGAAAAGAACUUUGUGCAGGGUCGAAGAACCAUCAUUGUCGUAGCCAGCUGCCUGUACAUUGCUUGUCGACAGGAAAAAUCACAGCACAUGCUCAUUGAUUUCAGUGACGCGCUGCAAGUCAAUGUCUACACCAUUGGAACAACCUUUCUCAAGUUUCGACGCCUGCUGGGAUUGAAAUUGGAAAUUAUUGAUCCGGCACUCUAUGUCUACCGAUUUGCGGCACAUUUGGAUCUAGAUGAAAAAGCCAAUGCGGUCGCCAUGACGGCAUUGAGACUGGUGGCACGCAUGAAACGAGAUUGGAUCGUCACGGGUCGCAGACCCGCUGGAAUUUGUGCUGCCGCGUUGCUCAUUGCGGCGCGGACACAUGGCUUUUCACGGCAUCAUCAGGAUGUGACACGAAUCUUGCGAGUCUGUGGAUUGACAGUCAACACGCGAGUGAGGGAAUUUGAGAAUACACAAACAGCAACAUUGACCCUGACGCAAUUCAACAAUGUCGAGUUCGAGACGGAGGCAGACCCACCAAUCUACACCAAGAACAAAGUCCUAGAAGCAAGGGCAAAGGCCAUUCAAGAGAAUAACGUUGAACUCUUGACCAGUGGGGCGCUCGAUGAUCCGUUGGGAGGGAAACAUGCUGCCAAGUGGAGAGAUCCGAAACGACGGCUAAAGGCAGUCAAAAACAAGGAGCUAUACAAAUCGAUCGAGGAAGCCCUGGCUGCUGAGAACGAUGGGGAACAGCCAAUGCUGCUAGAGAAUGGCACUGGCGAAAGCAGCAACGACAACAACAAUGAUUCUGAUGGAAAAGCGGCUGCCAGCGGAGCGGCCGAGAAGAAUGACGAUGAACCGCAAGAGAGCUCGGACAAGAAUGACAAGACGACCGAAGAGGAGAGCAAUGAUGCAGUAUCCAAGCAGAAGUCUACAGAGGAAGAUGACGAGGACGAUGGUGGUGGAAAACCAUCACCUGCUGAAAAAGAACAGCAGCAAAAAAAGCAACAACAGCUAAUUGUACAUCCCAACUCAAACAGUGACAAGCAGGUGGGUUUAGCUGCCAACGAAGAAUGGUCCUCUGUUUAUCCUCGGGGCCGACACGGUAGACAAAUCGUUUUGGCUGAUGAGGCAACACUCGAAGAAAUGCAAAAGCCUACCGCUCCAGUGGAAGCACAGCUUAGCCUAAGUAAGUGGAAGGAGGAACUUCCGGAAUCAAUCAGCGACGAAAUCGAGAGCAUGUUUCGAAGUGAUGAAGAGGUGGCCCAGAAGGAGGUGAUCUUCAAUAAAAUCAACAAGGAGUAUAUUGAACAGCAAGAACGCAAAGAGAACGACCGGCUCAACUCGGAAGCUAACUUCAAAGGACGAGAAGAUGAUGAAGCCGCUCAGGCAGAAGGACAUGCUCGCUACAUGAAGUCCAACCGUGGUAGAAAGAAGAAACGCUCUGGUGGGGAUGAGCUCACAACGGAGGAAGCGCUGUUGGAAGCGGUCUCAAAUCGCAAGAUUAGUCGCAAGAUCAACUAUGAUGCAAUGAGUGCCGUCUUUGAUGAUGACGGGACGUUUGCCACGGAUACUUCACAGGGAACGGACGAGCAAGAGCUGCAACUUGGUGAAUUGUAAUGUAAUAACAAUGGUUUGGGGAUUUAUCUGGCAGCUGCCGAAGAUUUCUUCGAUGUCUUUUCUCUACCGGCUUUCCAUCA